UCAAUUCAAUUCAUAUAUCUGCCACCAUCAUCAUCAACUUUCGCAAACAAAAGUCCGCAGUCCAAGCUCAGCAAUGGCUGCUUCAUCUUUCCCUGCUUUGCACUUUCCCUCUUCUUCUUCCCAGAAACUAUCGACAAGAUUACCAGCUUCUCCCAAUCGUUGCAAAGGGCGCUCCCUCUCUGCCCACCCCAUCAUCACAGCCACCAUAUCCGAGAAACCAUACAUUUCUCAACCACCAGCGCCGCCUCUGACGGCCGCUGUCGCUCCAGAGAAACCUUCCAAGUUUCCAGUCCGGAAAGUCCCUGGAGACUACGGGCUUCCUUUGAUCGGACCCUGGAAAGACAGGCAAGAUUACUUCUACAACCAGGGCAGAGAUGAGUUUUUCAAAUCAAGAAUCCUCAAGUAUCAGUCUACUGUGUUUAGAACAAAUAUGCCCCCCGGUCCCCUCAUUUCCUUCAACCCCAACGUCGUCGUUCUGCUCGACGGCAAGAGUUUUCCGGCCCUUUUUGAUACGGAUAAAGUUGAAAAGAAGGAUCUUUUCACCGGGACUUACAUGCCCUCCACCGAUCUCACCGGCGGGUACAGAACCCUCUCCUUUCUGGACCCUUCGGAGCCCAACCACGCCAAACUCAAGAAACUCAUGUUUUUCUUGCUCUCGCAUCGGCGGGAUCAUGUGAUUCCCGAGUUCCACAACAGCUAUACGGAGCUGUUCGAGAGUAUGGAGAAGGAAUUAGCCACUAAAGGGAAAGCUGGUUUCAGCUCCGCCAAUGAUCAAGCCGCCUUCAAUUUCUUGGCCCGAUCCUUCUACGGUGCCGACCCCAAGGACACCAGACUUGGAUCCGACGGGCCGAAGCUUGUGAGCAAAUGGGUUUUGUUCCACCUGCAUCCGUUGCUGAUAUUGGGUUUGCCGAGACCAAUAGAAGAUGGCAUUCUCCAUACAUUUUCACUGCCGCCGUUCUUGAUAAAGAAGGAUUAUCAGAGAUUGUACGACUUCUUUUACCAGAACUCAACCCCUGUCCUUGAUCAAGCUGAAAAGCUUGGGAUUUCUCGCGACGAGGCUUGCCAUAAUCUCGUGUUCGCCACUUGCUUCAAUUCUUUCGGCGGCCUGAAAAUCUUCUUCCCCAACAUGCUCAAAUGGGUUGGGCGCGCCGGAGUCAAGCUCCACACCGAACUGGCCCAAGAAAUCCGAUCGGCGAUCAAAUCCAACGGCGGAAAUGUCACCAUGGCUGCGAUGGAAAACAUGCCGCUGAUGAAAUCAGUAGUUUACGAGGCUCUCCGCAUCGAGCCGCCGGUUCCGUCGCAGUACGCCAAAGCCAAGCGCGAUUUCGUGAUUGAAUCCCACGACGCGGCGUUUCAGAUCAAGGAGGGAGAGAUGCUUUACGGGUUCCAGCCCUUCGCAACCAAAGACCCCAAAAUAUUCGACCGGGCCGAGGAGUUUGUUCCGACCCGCUUCGUCGGGGAAGAAGGCGAGAAGCUUUUAAAGCAUGUACUCUGGUCGAACGGGCCUGAAAACGCCACCCCCACACUCAACAACAAGCAGUGCGCCGGAAAGGAUUUCGUGGUGCUGGCGUCGAGGCUGCUGCUGGUGGAGCUAUUCCGUCGCUACGACUCGUUUGAUAUUGAGGUCGCUGCGUCGCCGUUAGGCGCCUCCGUCACUAUAACGUCGCUAAAACGAGCCAGUUUCUAAACCUUUGUUACUCUACUGGUUUCCGUCUCUAUCUGUCGAUGAUUAUUAUUAUUAUUAUUAUUACACGGUCGGGGCGGCGGCUGAUCAAUCUGGGUUUCCCGGCAGGGAAGCUGUCGGGCAGACGGAAAAUGGGGCCGUUUCUGUUGGUGGUUAAUAGAAAAUAGGUUAUAGUCAAUUGUACACUUUGAUUUUGAUUUGACUAGAAGUAGUUGUGCUAUGACUCAAGGGUUACGUAGUACCGGACCGGGUUGUACAUUACGCUGUUUGAGUUGUAUGUUGUUUUCUAUUUUCAAGAAUUUUGUCUCUCCCAAGAUAUAUAUUUUUAUUUGUAAGA